GCGUGGUGGGAAGGGGUAUUAUUCUCCCAGGCCCCUCUUCUCUCUCCGUCUCACUGUCUCUCUUUCUGGCCCUCUAUCAGUUUCCCGACUGCUUUGAAUUCAUCAGCUUUCCUCUGCCACAAACUUCUACUGUGAUGUUUCUGCCCUGGAGCCAGCUGAUAAAGGACUGAACCUUAAAACCGGAUGCAGGGAAGGCAUGCGUGAAGGUUUAGCUGUCACUUGUGGAAACUGCAGACACGGAAGUCUCCCCAUGGCACCUCAUCACAUCCGCAAAUACCAGGAGAUUGACCACAAAAGGGUCCUGGAGUUGUUCUCCCAAGGGAUGAUCGAGCAUGUCCCUGCCACCUUUCGCCACAUGCUGAAGUUGCCACAAACAUUCUUGCUUUUACUUGGGGUGCCCAUCACCCUACUCCUGGUCUCUGGCUCUUGGCUCCUGGCUCUUGUAUCCAAUGUCACCCUCCUUGUUUUCCUAUGGCUGUUGGCCAGACAGCCUUGGAGGAAGUACGUGGUGGUGUGUUUCCAGACAGACCUUGCAGAUAUCACCAAAUCCUACCUGAGGGCCCGUGGCUCCUGCUUCUGGGUGGCUGAGUCUGGGGGCCAGGUGGCAGGCAUAGUGGGUGCUUUGCCAGUGGAGGAUGCCCCCCCAGGGAGGAAGCAACUGCAGCUGUUUCACCUCUCUGUGGCCUUGGAGCACCGAGGUGAAGGACUAGGAAAAGCCCUGGUCAUGACUGUCCUCCAAUUUGCGAGGGCUCAGGGCUACAGUGAGGUUGUCCUUGAUACUAGCAUAGUACAGCAGGCUGCUCUGACCCUCUACCUGCGCAUGGGCUUCCAGAAGACAGGAGAGUACUUUUAUAACAAGGUCUUUAGACUAGUGUACCUUUCUACUAUUCGUUUAACAUACUUCCUCCCAUCUGCUCAGGAAGGAGGCCCAUGAGCUCUUGUCUUGUGUAUCAGUCAGGAUCUGAUUGACAAUCCUGUAGCACAAGCAAACCCUGGCAUUUUGGUAGAACAAAUGAUGAAAACUCCUUGCUAGUGCAGAUCUGAGUCCAACAUGUUUGAUGGUGAGGUGUGGGGGCUUCUAUUCCAUUCAGUGCUUCUAGGUAUAGUGAUUCAUUUGUCUAUCACCACAGUAAUGUAUAAAUAACAAGCCGAGAUGAUAAUGUGCA